AUGGCAUUGCUGAUAUCCAAGCCCUCGUGCCUUUCAAGUUUGAUCAUUUCCCCCUCGGGUCCAUUCGGCCACAGGCUGUCGGCGGACGGCCUCGGUGGUUAUCUAUUCGAUUUCUACCGCUACGUUGCCCGCUCUACUUGGCUCGGGGGUAGUUAUGAGUAUAGUGAGCUUCACGAGUCGGCGCCCUACUGGUUCAACUACAUCGUGCCUCUCGCCUGGACGCUUGAUGAUCCGCGACUAAAGAAACAAGCACGGCAGUUCCUCGAUUAUGUACUUGACAAUCAAGCUGAUGACGGCUGGCUCGGGCCCGAGACAACAAGGCAAACACGGGGUAUAUGGGCGAGAAGCCUGCUAGCAUUUGGCUUAACACAAUACGCCGAAGCCGACAAAAGCCAAGAACAACGUAUUGUUGAUGCUAUGCACCGCUUUACGAAACUAGCCCACUCCAUGCUCAAAGACAAUUUCACUGGUUUACUGCAGGACAAAUCUCAGGAAGACAACUUCGACCCUUUCGGCUUUGGCCUAUCGCGGACCCACGAGCUGCCCAUCUCCCUGAUGUGGCUGUACGAAAACCAUCCCCGUGAUAAUGGGGACGUCAUCCUUGAGACAAUUGAUCUCUUGUUUGAGGGCGGCCGUGUUGGCGGCAGGGACUGGACUAAGUUUUUCGUCAAAGGCGUCUUCCCAGAAGACGGCAAUUUUAAAACUAGCGGCUUCACCCAUGGUGUUAACCUGGCACAGGGCCUGCGGUAUCCAACAGUGCUUUAUAGACGGAACGGUAGUGAAGCCCUUGUUCAGCAGACCUUUGAUGCUGUUAACAUGACCGCCACGUAUCAUACAUCACUAUCCGGGACAAUCAUUGGAGAUGAGCAUAUCAGUAAUUUAAGCCCACAACGAGGCUCUGAGCUUUGCAUAGCUGUUGAAUCCAUGUUUUCGUAUGCCUACCUUUACCGCUUCCACGGCGCCAACGAAUUUGCCGACCGUGCCGAGCUAGCUGCCUUCAACGCCUUUCCAGCAGCGAUGAGUCCUGACUUUACCAAUGAGCCUUGGUCGCGGAAUCUAACUGGGAAUCCCUUCUUCAAUGUCGUCUCCUACGCCAACACUUACGGGUUGGAGCCGAAUUUUCCUUGUUGUACUGUCAACCACCCUCAAGGGUACCCAAAAUAUGUUGCGUCCUCUUACGUUCACACUGAGCACGAUAAAAUUGCGCAUAUCCUGCUAGGCUCCACGUCACUAGAAACCAAGCUCCGAGGCAAGAGAGUCAAAGUCGAAUGCGAUACCCAUUAUCCAUUCUCUUCCAUAUUACAGUACACAAUAACUACAGAGACGUCUUUCGAAUUUGGUGUCCGCGUUCCUAACUGGACGACGCACGCGGCCACUGUGCAAAUUGGACGGCAGAGACCUGUCCACCUCUCCCCUGAUUCUAAUGGCUUACGCUACACUAAAGUGCUGCCAGGAGUCACAAAGCUCAUAGUUAAACUCCCCAUGGACAUACAUAUUGUCUCUCGCAACGAAACCGUUGGUCUUUACUACGGUCCUAUGCUUUAUGCUGCCAAUAUUGCCUACAAGGAAACAGCUCAUCAGCCCCUAAAUUGGACGGACCGCACGCCACUUGACGACUCUGAGUCGCACCCGAAGGCGAUGGACCACGUACUAGAGCCGGUAUCGCCGUGGAAGUUCGCCAUUGACCCCACGACUAUAUCAGUCGAUUUUGGCCUUGCACAAGACAGAAUUCUUCCAAAUCCCAUCUUCAGUCGCGGUGGGCCAUCAAUAUCACUAUAUGUGGACGCCUAUCCAAUUGACUGGCCGAUACAAUUUGACACGGCCGCUUUGCCUCCUAUCAAUCCUGAGGUAAGCCCAGAGACAAAGACAAGAAUUAAAUUGAUUCCAUAUGGAGCUGCAAAACUGCACAUAGCCCAAUUUCCUGUUGCUAAGCUUCCAAACAAAACCUGA